AUGUCUUCACUUUGUGAUGAAGUGGAAACAAACAUUUCAGAAGACUUUGGUUUCAAAGGUUUAGGUUUGAAAAAGAUCUUGCCCUCAUACAAUGAGAAGUUACCAUUCACGACUUUACAGAAUUUAGACAUAUUAAACGCCAAAUCAUUAUAUGUGGCAUCAUCUGGCGGUAAGACGAUCAUUGGUGACUUGCAAAACCUAAGGGAUUCAGUCACAAACCAGGAGGAGGAAUCAAAGAUCGAAUUGACUACAAAUUGGGAGAACGAUACAGGGGACGUCGUAUUCGUUAAAUUCUGGGGCGAUAGUAAAGUUAUAUUGGUUACUUUGGAGGGGGAAAUAUUAUCCGUCAGCCUAGAGUCAUUGGGUUUUCCAGAAACAAUUCAUUCUCUGGAAGUGCGCAUAAAAUCCUUAUUUUUAUACCAGGAUAGUCUUUACCUCCUAGAUACUCAAGGUACUUUAUCAAUAUUUGACCUCUCGAAAAAGAACCUAACAAAAGUACUGGAAGAUCAAGUCGCAUCAUUUGAUAUUUUAGAUACACGUUUGACAGUACUUUUGAAGAAUCAAGAUGUACAAGUUUUCAACAUUAAUGGACCAUCUAUCGAACCAUCGAGUGGAUUUUCAACUCCAGUAGAAGUAAGUGCUGAAUUGUCAGAUGGAUAUGAACCAAUUGGGCUUAAAUGCUUAUCAAGUACUCAAUUGCUGGUGGUAUUCGGAAUGCCGGUAUCAGAAUCAAGCGAAGAUGUUUCCUAUGAUCAGAAAACAUACCUGGUAAAUAACUCAAACGAAGAAAAGGUGGAAUACCAUGAAUCUUUUGAUAUGAUUCCAGCUUUUGGCUCAGUUUUAAGGUAUCCAACUUUUUAUACCAUUAUUUUGCCCGAUCUAAUAGAGAACUCUAAAAAUGUGGACAUUAUAGCCUCUGCAUAUGCAAGUGAAUUAACGCUUUUACAUUUUAAUGAAGUGGUUGAGCCUAAUCAAGAUAGUGAACGAGCUGUCCUCCCAAUAAGUAAAGAGACUGGAAACGACACUAAUCCAGUCGGUAUCGCGCUAGAUUUUGUAACGAGUGGAACUAUCGUUGAGCCUUGCAGUGGUGUUGAUAAAACAUCUAAGCUCCCAUUGAUUUACAUUCUAAAUGACGAAGGUACUCUUCAAAUCGAAGGAUUAUAUCAUGCGUCAGCUCUAAAACAGGGAAAGUUUAAUGUUCCUGAAAUAUCAACAACAACAAAUCUAAAUUCAUUGAAAAUUUCAGAUAAUAAUCCUGUACUUGCAUCUCAGCCAAGCCAAAGUGAUGUACCAUUUGAAGAACAGGAUGAAACAGUCCCAAACACAAGCCCAUUUAACAACACCAGUGCCUUCUCGAUGUCAUCUGUUCAACCUAAGUCGGGAAAACUAGAAUCAAGUUCUCCAGCACUGUCAAACAACACCACUUUGUUUGGGAACAUCAACAAACCAAAUGAAGAAAAUCCAUUUACGUCGAAGAGUAAAGGAUCAUCACAAGCAGGAAGUUUUUUUAAUUUUGGCUCGAAAACAGACUCACCAUUUACAAAACUAAAUUCUAAUAACGACCAAAAAGCUGACAGUUCAUCAUCUUUUAGCUUUUCAAGCUUUGGAAACAAGUUAACUUCUGAACCAAAAUCCUUUGGGCAGCCCUCUUCUACACUAACAUUCGGUAAUUCUGCCUCUGAAGCAACUAACACAACACCUACAUUCGGUACACCUGCAUUUGGAUCAACAGCUCCUGUACCUGCGUUUGGAACACCUGCGUUUGGUGCGCCAGCUUUUGGAACAACCACUGCAGCACCAGCAUUUGGCACGCCUGCCUUUGGAACGACCAAUACAGCGCCAGCAUUUGGUACCACAGCAUUUGGAACUUCAACUGCAGGUACUGAAACCAAAGCUCCCUCAUUUGGAUCAGGUGCUAGCAAAGCAGGAGAAGUAUCACAACCUACCUUUGGGAAGCCAGCAUUCGGAACCUCUUUUGGUUCGCUUGCAUCAGCUUCUGACGACAAAAAUGGCAAUAAAGGUUUCGCAUUUGGAAAACCACAAUUUGGUAGCAGUGCAACUGGUACAACAUCAUCUCCUUUUGGAAUGCUAUCAUCUGGUGAAUCUGGCUUUGGCAAGUUGUCAAUGGAAUCUAAGAACGCUGAAGGAAACUCUUCGACUCCAUCCAGUACGGCUGCAUUAAAGGAGUCUCCAUUUGGCCAGCCCAUUUUCAAUUCCAAUGCAUCAAAGGACCAAGCUUCACAACCACUAUUUACCGAUUUCAACUCUAACCUAAAAGAGGUGUCUACCAUGGAAUCUCCUUUCGCUAAUUUUGGUGAGAAGAAGGAAGUUGACGAGGUUGAGAAAGAGAAAGAAGAAAACGAGGCAGAAUUAGAUGACUCCACAGUUGAAGGGACUCCAAUUGAACCAACAAAUGACAGAAUAUCAGCACAACCUAAUAUAACAAUGGAGGCCAACGAGUCAACAGAGGACUCGAUUUCCGAUAUAACGAAUCGGAUCAAGAAAACUGCCAACAUAAGUACACCCCUGGUAGAUUCUCAUUUUUCCAUACCAGCUGCUACUCAAGAAACAAGUGAGUUUAAAACAGAUUCGCCAUUCUCCUCAUUCACAAAUGAAUUGAAUAAGAGUACAGCUCCAACCUUUACGUUUAAUAAGGAACUCAAAGAAGAGAAGCAGAUUGCCAGUGUAGAUUCUUCAGAACAACCUUUAAAGGACAUUAAAAGACAGUCAGAGUUAUCCACAGCCUCUGAUACUGAAUUCAGAAUUCCUUCUAAUGGAACUGAUAAUAAAGAAGCAGUAGAAGAGGAAUCUGCAUCAAACACAUCAACUGAUAAUGAAUCUUCAGACUUCGAAGGCAAAAAAGAAAAUGAGUCUACUGAUGCUGAGAUAAAGGAUACUAUUGAAGGACAACAAGUACCUACUAGUAGCAAGCAAGAAGAUAAAAAAAUUUCAGAUGACGAACACUCGUUAGCUCGCAAUACAGAAUAUUCUUUAAAUCAAGCCACAAAGUCUGAAUCAGCUACUGUCAUGGCUGAAGAGACCGAGUCAGUUAGCAACCUCGAAGAUGACGAAAGUGAAGAAAUAAAAUCCACAACUGAAAGUGAUAAUGAAAGUAGCCACCAUGUGAUCAAAAUUGGAUUAAACGAGGAAGAUGGUAUUUCAAAUAACGAGACGCAAGUAAAAGGAAACACAAACAAGACCUCUGACGAGACAAAUAUAGACAAAGAGGAAGAAAUCGGUGAAAACCAAAAUAAAGACUCAGACAAUGAGGUCGAAUCCAAGCUUUCUAAUGAAUCUUAUGUUGAUGUAGAUGAGACAAGAUCCGAAGAAUCAGAAUCUGCAUCUCCUGUUGAAGAAGAGUCUACCUAUAUCAAAGUAGUCGAUGCUAGUCUUCAGACCCACUACGAUGACAUGUCUGAUGCUUACAUUCAAACAGACCCUGUUUUAGAAGUGAGUCUGCAUGUUCAAACAAAAACCAAACCUACAUCAUCUAUUGGUUGCCAAACAGACCCAAUUGAAAAUUGUUCUUUCAACGUACAAUCGUUUGAACAUGAUGAGAAUUAUUUAGCUGAAGUUUGUAAACCGAAGCCACUGGGGAAGUACUUCUCAGGCGCAUCUGUUAAAAGUGUUCCACAUACUUCUCAAGAUCCUGUAAUGAUUUCGAUGGAGUCCACCUACCAACUUACAACUGCAGAGUUAUCAGUUUUAUUUGAUAAUAUUAAGAAUAUGGAUGAAUUCUUCAAAGAUCAAUGCACGCAACAUUUAGAGGAGCGUACAAAGAGAUCCAUUUCCAAUAUGUACAUAUGGAGAGUGCCUGAAAUUGAGAAGUUAAAUGAUAUUGUGAGAUUAGAAUCUGCUUCUUAUAUGAAAACAAUAACCUCUAUCCAAGAAUUUGAAGGUCCUAUAUCGACUUAUAUGAACGAUAUUCUAAAAAAAAUUGAUAAUGAUAUGAUUCAAAUUAAGGAACAAUUGCUGCAAAUAGAAUACUUGAACAGUCCCGACUCAAAUGGUCAAUUGGGCAGCCUGAAGGUUCAUCAAUCUGAAAUACGUUCUAAACUACGUGGAAAGAUGCAUAGUAUUUUAAAAGAAAUAAAUCACAUAUCAGAAUCAUUGAAUAUUUUGAAAAUUUAUGCUAUUAGAGAUAAAAAGCUAGAUGAAAAUCCAUUAGUAUCCAAAUUAACAUUUGAUUCUCCAAGUAGUAUGAAAGUACUUAGAGAAAUUAAGGACUUACGUACUGACCUCCAAGAUCUACGAAAAAGUAGGACUGACCAAAAAGAAGAUGAUGCCAAUAUGUCAUUAGUGAAAAGAGACAUUGAAUCAGCUGAGAUUGUCGAAGCCGGUCUAUUAUUAGACACUAGAAAGGAAGUAGGAGAAUUUUUCAAAAGAUUGAAUGCAGAACGUUUCUGA